CCUUCAGCAGACAUUUUGAGAACAUUAUGGAGUCGCAUCGUGCAAAGGGCACCUCCUACAGCAGCCUGGACAGUCUUGACCCGUUGACCUCCAGCACUCAGACUGUCCUGACCUUUGACCUUCCCACACUGACUCCACAGGUACAGGGUCAGAUCUACCAGAGCGCACGGCAAAUCGUAGAACUCAGUUUUGCUCCACUGGCACACGUAGAGAUACCCAGCCUCUCGGAGUCUGUGCUGACGAUAACGGGCGACACCGAUGCAACACGGGCGCCGUCCAGCGAGCGACUCAGCAGCGGGUCAGAUGAUCGGAACGGCCAGAGCUGGCAGAGCAACCCAGCUCUCACACUGCCCAGAGAGAAGUCACCUCGCUUCGCUGCAGACACAGAUCUGGAUCAGGAACUUUGUGAGCGUUUGGGUUUGGGUAGUAAUGACACUCUGAGUAAUGGUAACCGUGCCGACCAGGAAGCUGCCAAACGUCUGGCCAAACGACUCUUCAAUCUCGACGGAUUCAGGAAGUGUGAUAUUGCACGUCAUCUGAGUAAAAACAAUGACUUCAGUCGUCUGGUGGCAGAAGAAUAUCUGCACUACUUCAGUUUUACUGGAAUGACUUUGGACCAAGCAUUACGGGCAUUCCUAAUUGAAUUUGCUCUGACGGGCGAGACUCAGGAACGAGAGCGAAUCUUAGCACACUUCUCCCGUCGAUUCCUGCAGUGCAAUGCGUCUCUCAAGCUAUCUGAAGACAGUGUCCAUACAUUGACCUGCGCCCUCAUGUUGCUCAACACAGACCUGCACGGCCAUAACGUUGGCAAGCGGAUGUCAUGUACGCAGUUUAUCGGGAACCUGGAAGGACUAAACAGCGGCCAUGAUUUUCCUAAAGAACUCCUCAAGGCGCUGUACAACUCUAUAAAAAAUGAAAAGCUGCAGUGGACAAUUGAUGAAGAGGAGUUGCGCAAGUCGUUCUCAGAGUUGGGUGAGCAUCGGACAGAGCCAAACUCCAGAGGUGUGAAGGGGUUGGGCAGUGGGUUAGUCUCGCCGUCUGGCGCGCUGCUGUACAAAACCGGCUUCCUGGUGCGGAAGGUUCAUGCCGACUGUGAUGGAAAGAGAACACCUCGUGGGAAAAGAGGGUGGAAAACGUUUUAUGCUGUGCUUAAGGGACUCAUCCUUUACCUGCAGAAGGGUGAGUAUCGGCCAGAUAAACAGUUAUCUGAUGAGGAUCUGAAGAAUGCCGUGUCCAUUCAUCAUUCUCUGGCAAUCCGAGCCACAGACUACAGCAAACGACCAAAUGUGUUCUACCUCCGGACAGCAGACUGGAGAGUCUACCUCUUUCAGGCCCCGAAUGCUGAACAAAUGCAGUCUUGGAUUACACGCAUCAACACGGUGUCAGCCAUGUUUUCAGCCCCGCCCCUCCCUGCUGCCAUUGGCUCACAGAAGAAAUUCAGUCGACCGCUGCUGCCAGGCUCCGCCUCCAAGCUGUCACAGGGGGAGCAGGUACAUGCUCAUGAAGCUCGAUUCCGUUCCAUCUCCACUGAACUCACUCAACUGCGCUCUUAUCCACCCGACCGAAAGGUAAAAGGUCGUGAACUUGAGGAAUACCGACUGAGAGAGGAAUAUCUAGAGUUUGAGAACAAUGCCACGUGCACCAUCUGAUGUGUGGAUACAUUUCACCUCAGCCAAUGUAGAAGGAAAGGCUGUGCAAAGACCUAUGUUGAGAAUACCACAAAGAUGCAGCAGCAAAUAGCCAAG